CUAUUUAAUUUUUCUCUCUCUGGGGCUCACCAGUCUUUCCAGUUCUUCUUCCACGUGUGUCCUGCCCUCUUCUUCUCUCAUAGGGUGUGAACGCACUGAACCGCCAAGAUGUCAGAAAAAAAGAUGACCUCCAGCCGUAGGCAUCAUUUGAAGAGCCUGGUGCUCUCCAUUGCCUUCAAUCUGCUGGAUGCUGAAGCCAAGCAGCACGUAACUGAUAAAGAGUCUCACAUGAGCGAAAACUGCCCUGCUCUUGAUCUGCCUGGAUCUGUGCAGGAGCUGCAGGAUUUGUGCAAGAAGCUGCACCAACAGAUUGACAAGGUUGAUGAGGAGAGAUAUGACAUGGAGGCCAAGGUUGCCAAGGCAGACAAGGAGAUUGAGGAUCUGAAGAUCAAGGUGAUCGACCUGAAGGGCAAGUUCAAGAAGCCUGCACUGAAGAAAGUGCGCAUGUCUGCUGACGCUAUGCUUCAGGCUCUGCUGGGCUCCAAACACAAGGUCUCCAUGGAUUUGAGGGCCAACCUCAAACAAGUCAAGAAGGAGGUCAAAGAGGAGUCUGUAGAACAGGUUGGCGACUGGCGUAAGAACAUUGAGGAUAAGGCUGGUAUGGACGGCAGGAAGAAGAUGUUUGAGUCCGAGGCUUAAGAUGUUUUAUGUUUUUUUUCUCAUAUAUAUGUCUUCAGAUUUCUCUGCCAAACAUCUUUCUGUCCUGUAAACCUCCCGUUCCAAUAAAAAAGUAUUUUCCCUGGA